CCUGUAUCUCCGCAAACUUCCUCUUUUCAAUGGCAGCUCGCAAUUUCAUUCAGUCUGGUCGAAAGAUCGUUGCCAUCGGUCGUAAUUUCAGUGAACAUGCCAAGGAGUUGGGAAAUGCAGUUCCAAAAGCUCCCUUCUUCUUUUUGAAGCCCACAUCGUCUUACAUCUCGAAUGGUCAAGCGAUCGAAGUACCCUCGGGAUGUGAAGUUCAUCAUGAGGUCGAAUUAGGUGUGGUCAUUGGAAAAGACGGUCGUGACAUCCCUGCCAAGGAUGUGGACCAUCAUAUUGCAGGCUACACCUUGGCCUUGGAUAUGACUGCUCGUAAUCUUCAAGAGAUUGCAAAGAAACAAGGAUUGCCCUGGAGUGCUGCUAAAGGUUAUGACACCUUUACACCCAUUGGUGAAUUGAUCCCAAAGGAAUCUAUCCCUGACACCAACAAUGUGGAUCUCUCGCUCAAGAUCGAUGGAGUCACUAAACAGAAUGGAAAUACUAAGGAUAUGAUCUUCAAAAUCCCUUCGCUAGUUGAAUACGUAUCCUCGAUUAUGAAGCUUCAGGAGGGAGAUGUAAUCUUGACAGGAACCCCUGCUGGAGUUGGACCCGUUCGACCUGGAGAGACCGUCACUUGCGAGUUAGGAACCAAGGGCAAGAUCAUCUCUCAGUUGCGUUUCCCCGUGAUCGAGCGUCCCAAGAAGGCUUAAAAAAGAC